AUGAGUCGACAUCAAUUUAUGUCUUCACAUGGUCAAUUUCAAAUGCAUAUCCUUGAUGAUAUAACAAUGAUAAAACAGCUGGGUGUUUCAGCCAUUUUAACACAAUCCAUUCAUGUAGGUGGCGCACCUGAUGGGAAUUAUGUUCAUGGAUUUCUUGAAAGAGGUGGUCCUCUUUUUUGGACUCUCUCUGAAAUUCAAUCUCAUCGAACGUAUAUUGAUCCAAGUAAAAUUCAACUUUAUUAUUCAUCUAAAAUGGAUACCGAUCAUGGGCAGAAUAUAUGGCAACCUAUGAAACGACUUUCGGAUGGAACCUAUAAACAUACAACUCGAUGGCCUAAUGUACUUAAUGCAAUGUUUUCUAUUUAUCCAUUAUUAACUUACAGAUCAUUUGAUCGAGCAACAAUUAUGUUCAAACAUAUGGUUUUCACUGGAUUGCCAUAUAGACGAUCUCCUUGCUGGGGUAUUCAUCAGGAACCGAAAAGACUACUAAGUUAUUAUCCAUUUAAUAUCGAAGAAUAUCGACGAGCUUAUUUAACCUUUUCAGAAUGGAUAUUGAAUAAUUUCGAAUUACCUUCCAAAUUCGAAUUGACACCCAUUCAAAAGAAAUUACAAGAGAGUCAUAAAUCAGAACAAAUACCUAUCUGUUAUGAACAAUGUGAUCAAAAUCAACCGCUUAGUACAUCAUCAACAGAAACGACAUUUACUGGAGAAUAUAUUGCUGUUUUGAAUCGGGCUGGUAUUGGUCGUCGAGAAUUAAUCAAUGCUGAUGAAUUAGUACAAGCACUAUUGCAAGCAUUUCCAGAUCAUACGAAUCCUUAUCUACGUGUUUGGCCAAAACAAUUCGAUUUUAAUGAUGAUCUCUAUGAAACAGCACGUAUGACUCGAUCGAUUCGUGUUCUUAUUGGCGUUCAUGGAGCUGGCUUAUCGAAUACUAUUUUCAUGCGGCCAGGUGCGGUUGUCUAUGAAAUCACACCACCUGGUUGUCGUAUAUUGACAUUCUUUUAUAAGCGUUGGGUGGAGGUAUUCAAUCUACAACAUGCACUAUGGAGUCCCGGAGAUAAAGGUGAUGUUUGUAUACAUGAAGGAUCAAUUAGAGUAAAUGUGGAUGAAGUUGUCAGUGAUGUGAUUAAUUUAAUUCAAAAUGAAAAUCGAUAUCGAAGUGGUUAUUUAGCACGAGCACUUGAUAUUAUUAGGAAAGAAUAA